GUUAUUAUCUCAGCGGUGGUGGGUGGUGAGACAGCAUGGCAGCGCUGGUUCUGAAGCAUUGUUGGAGAGGACUUUUGCUAAACUCGGGUAAUGGAGCUGUCGACGCUGUCAGACCGAGGGUUUUGGAAGGAGUUAGACAUAAAUCUACAGUACAGUACAUAUCACGGCCAGACCAACCUAAGCUGGCCUAUCGUAGAGUGAAGGGCAAGAGUCCUGGUGUCGUGUUCCUGCCUGGAUAUGGAUCCAACAUGAGCGGACAGAAGGCAGAGGCCAUGGAGGAGUUCUGCAGAUCUCUAGGUCAUGCCUACCUGAGGUUUGAUUACUCUGGUCAUGGAGCUUCUGAAGGUGUAUUUUCAGAAGGCACCAUUGGAACUUGGAAAAAAGAUGUCCUGUUCAUGUUAGACGAACUUGCUGAAGGUCCUCAGAUUCUUGUUGGCUCCAGUAUGGGUGGCUGGCUGAUGCUUUUGGCUGCUAUCGCUCGCCCAGAGAAGACAAAGGCAUUGGUGGGCAUUUCCACAGCAGCAGAUCAUUUUGUUACAGCCUUUAAGACACUUCCUAUAGAGGUGAGAAAAGAGUGUGAGGACAAGGGUUCAUGGACGAUCCCCACGAAAAGUAACGAGGAGGGCAUGUACACUGUGAGUAUGGAUUUCCUGCGUGAUGCGGAGAACCACUGCAUCCUACAGAGCCCCAUCCCUAUCACCUGCCCGGUUCGUCUCAUUCACGGCCUGAAAGACGAGGACGUGCCCUGGCACAUCUCCAUGCAAGUGGCCGAGCGUGUGCUGAGCCCUGACGUGGACAUCAUUCUACGGCGCCACGGCCUGCACCGUAUGGCUGAAAAAGAUGACAUCAAGCUCAUUGUCUACACCAUCGAUGACCUCAUUGACAAACUUACCACCAUGGUGUGAGCCACCGUUUUGGAACAGGUUACCAUGCAACUAGCCUUCGGACCCUCUCCCACUUGUUUUUGCCAAACACUCACUUCCUGUUUUAUCUCGCAAGACAAGAAUGAUGGGAAAAGAGUGAACUGUGGGAGGGCAAAAUCUUUCUUUUACAUGUUUACCCAGUGCAAUGCUGUGCCAUUAAGCCUUUAAGGCAAAGCUGCUGUUUAUCUGGCACAAGAUUUGUCUAGAUCUCCUGUGCCUUUUUUUAACCAUUUUUUCAAACCGUUUUAUGCAAAUAAAACCUCUGUAUACCAAUACAUAAUGAUAUACUGUAUUCCUCUGAGGAAUAUUCCAGUUUCAGUGCAAGUUAAGCUCAGUCGACAGCACAGAAUUUUAAAAGUAAAUUCAUCUGAUCCAUUGAUUAAAACAAUGGAUCUGUUAUUUUAAUUUUUUUAACUAAAUAAAAUGUCUCAUCGUUCACUUCUGUUAAAGUUAGAUCUUGUGUAUUUGAGCUGUUUACUUAAUUUUAUUGUCAUUUUGGUGUUUAUGGCUUUGCGUUGUCAUUGCAUACAACUUUAAGUGAUCAUUUUCUCUCUCUCUCCCACACUUAAAUCAUUGUUUGCAUCUUGUGACUAUAAUAUUGAAUGGUGAGUAUUUUAAAGUUUAUGAAUUGGCCCCAUUAAUUUCUAUUAUACGUCACCGUAACCCA